AUGAAGUCAUUUUUGGUUUUUAAAGAUGUGGUUCAUGAAAGAAAUACGUCAAAGUUUCAUCGGAAAACAGGAUGCUCGCUACCCUUACACAUUUAUCAGUUUCUGAGCAUUUUCGUCACCUUCAUAAUCUCUUUCAUCCACUACUAUGUAAUAUUACCAAUAUCUGUUUUCAAUAGUCCAAUAUUCUACGUUAUCUCGUCCUUUCUUUUACUGCUGGUCGUGGUUUUCUAUACUAUCGUCUCACUCAUCGACCCAGUGGAUCGCAACGCUUCAUCGGUUAUAUACACUAAAAAUGAAUAUAAAAACAAGUUAGGUAAGUUCCAGAAGUAUUUCUCCAAAACGGAAACCAAUUCAAAUGAAAAAACUGAACCACUAAACCCUAGCAUCGAUUCGCCAAAAGAAAUAAAUGACACAGAAUCCAAAUGUACGGAUUCCACAAGUGCAUCAACUAACCCUCAGAAUGGACGAAAACCUCCUAAUAUACAAAUGGAGCUGUCUCACUGCAGUGUCUGUCUGUAUGUAGAUCCCAGCAGUAAGCACUGUAACGUCUGCAACAAAUGUAUUACCAAAUUCGAUCACCACUGCAUUUGGGUUAAUAAUUGCAUUGGCCUAGUAAACUACUUAUAUUUCAUACUUUUGCUGUUUUUCGCCCUGGUCUUUUUGACCUAUAACUACGUUUUAGCCUUCUAUAUAAUAUUCUCAUUCAAGGACACUGCCCUGGCACAUGAAAAGUUUCGAGCACUGGUUCUCAACAUUUCCAACAAAUAUUUCAAGGCGUUUUUACUCGGGUCCGCCCUUUUCAACCUCAUUCCCUUUCUAUUUCUGCUCUACCUUUUUGUUUUCCACCUCUUCCUCAUUUACACCAACCAAACAACAUAUCAGUACUACAUUAAGCGGAUGGAGCAAUUGGUGAGUUUUAACUAA